UACACGAGUUUAUUAGUCAGCAGUUUUGGCAACAAUAACAACAAUCGCUACUACAACAACAACAAGGGUCAAAAGUCUCUCACGAUGAAUCGGCAGUGUUGUUGUUUAGGGGCUUUAUUUGUAGUUGGAUUUAUACUAAUAGCUGCUGGAGUGGCUUUUAUACCCGGAUCGAAAAAGAUCAUUCACGAUGAAAUAAGCAAGCAAAUAAAUCUAAAGGAGAAAUCAACUAAAGACAACUGGGUGAAAAAUCCAACUCCGAUAAAGUUCCAGAUAUGGGUGUGGAAUCUCACAAACCCCGAUGAAGUUAAAAAAGGGGGUAAACCAUCGCUGGUUCAGAGUGGACCAUACACAUACACUGAAAAUCGACAGAAGGUGAACAUAACAUACCAUGACAACAACAACACAGUGACAUAUCGGGAGAACAAAUACUAUACGUUCGACAGAGAUAACUCUGUGGGACCGGAGACAAACAAGUUCACCACAGUCAACAUACCUCUUAUGUUGAUAGCUAACAUAUUAAAACGUGAAUUCAGCGCACUACAGAUAAUUGCUGCAGCGUUACUCGACUGGGCGAGUGAAGACUUGUUUGUUACAUUGUCAAUACACGAUAUCAUCUGGGGCUAUGACGAGCCCCUGAUCAACAAAACCGUGUCUCUGAUUAAUGCCCUUGGUUUCCAUUUAGAGCUUAAUGAUAAGUUUGGAAUAUUUGUUGGGACAAAUGGAACAGAUGAUGGUAUUUACAACAUCAAAACUGGCGAAGGGGACACCAGCCAGUUUGGUAUGAUCAAGACCUGGAACAAUGCUUCGUCACUUUCAUUCUGGACUUCGAAGACAUGUAACAUGUUAAAUGGCACAGAUGGAACUAUAUUCCACCCAUUUGCAGAGAAAACAGAUGUACUGUACGUGUUUUCAUCAGAUUUAUGCAGGUCUAUUUAUUUCACAUAUUUGAGAGACAACAAGCAGAAGGGUAUAGAUGUGUACAGGUUUACUACACCACCUGAAGUGUUUCAGGCAGUUGAACAAAACCCAGCAAAUGAUGGAUUCUGUACCCCAAGUGAUAACUGUUUAAAGUCUGGACUUUUAAAUGUAGAAAACUGUCACUUCGGUGCACCACUAAUUUUCUCACAGCCCCAUUUCCUGAAUGCUGAUCCAUCCAUUAUACAUGGUGUGAACGGAAUGCAUCCAAAUCUGGAAGAACAUGGCACAUUCAUUGAUAUUGAGCCUUAUACAGGGGCAGCUUUCUAUGCAGCAAAGAAGCUACAAAUUAACAUUCUGCUGGAGAAAGUGGAUCAUAUUAAACAGACGGAGUCGUUGACCGGAACAUUUUUGCCAGUUAUUUGGUUAAAUGAGAGCUCCCAGAUUACAGAUUCGUUGGCAGAUGAAUUUAAGUCCCAGCUAGGGACACCACUAAUGGCGAUGCAUGUUGGUAUUUGGGUAGCAAUAGGUGUGGGUAUAUUACUGGUUUUGGUGGCCAUUGCUAUUAUCGUAGGACAAAAGUUGCGCUCUGGGGGGAGUAGAGAGAUGCGAGAUUUAUCUGGGGACAGAAGACAGCUGGUUCAUUCUAUUGAUUCCUAGACUUUAAACAGCUACACCCAGCAUGCCUUCAAAGUACUCAGUAAACUGUGAUAUUACAACAAAAAAAGUGCUGUUUAAUAAUCAUUAAUGUUUAAACUGUUCAUGUGUCUAAUUCAGAGCAAAAUUGUGAAUUUGUAUGUGUAAUUUGAUGUACACAGUAUUUCCAAAAAUCUUAAGAAAAGGACCCGGGAGUGUUUGUUUUUGACAUAAAUUACUGAGUGUGUAUUUAUACAAUGAAUGUUUUGUUAUUUGAAAGUGGCUGAUUUCUGUUGAGUGUUAUCUAUGAAGUCAAAUCCAAACAAAUUUCCACCAAAAUAAAGAAUCUUAUAAGCUCAUCUGAACAACUAAAGUGAACUAUUACUGAAAUUAAGGUAUCAUUAAAAUCUUUCUAUUCAUUUGUGUCUCCACACCCUGUACAGGCCACAUUUUUAUGCCCCCAGCAUCUACUGAUGCGGGAGGCAUAUAGUGAUUGGCCUGUCCAUUCGUUCGUUUGUUUGUUUGUUCAUUCGUUUGUCUGUCCGUCCAUGCAAGGUUUACCAAAUGGGACCGUUUCGUCUAGCAUCAAUACCCCUUACUAGAAUGACUUGAUACUAAUGCAGAUGUAACCUGUGACCAUUCCUCAUCUUCAGACAUCACCUGACCUCAGGUUGACCUUGACCUCAUUUUGGACUUAGGUUGAUGUAUAUGGGCCAUCUCUUGGUUAACCAAAUGGGACCGUUUUGUCUAGCAUCAAUACCCUUACAAGAAUGAAUUGAUACUAAUACAGAUGUUAGCUGUGACCAUUCCUCAUCUUCAAACAUCACCUGACCUCAGUUUGACCUUGACCUUGUUUUGGGCUUAGGUGCAAAACCUAUCGACAAGGAUGCCACUGUGGGCAUCAAGCGUUUAUUGAACGCAGCUCCUUGUUCAGUUUUAAGUUGGUGCAAAAUUUUUAUAGCAACAUUGCCGUGUUCAUUGCACAGAAUCCAUCAUGCUAUUUCUUUGGUUACAAGAUGUCAAAGGGCCUUUAAUAUUUUUUAGCCUGAUUAAUACAAAAAUGAAGCAUGCUAUGCACAAAUUUAAGAAUUAAAUGUUAUUUUCUGUGCGUUUGUACAAGUAUAUAUCACAUUGGGACUUCUUACAAAUCCACGAAUCAUGCUAUCACCUUGUGAUGAAAAUACAGUUCCUGGUUUUUAUUAGCUCGUCUGAUUUAAAAAAAAAAUCUAUGAUGUAUUGUUGUCACUUGAUCAUCGGCAUCGGCGUUGGUUAAAAUUUUUGUUUAGGUCCACCUUUUCUCAAAAAACUUUGCACUUGUUUUUCAUCAUUAGGUGACUUAGCAGACCAAGAACUAUAAUUCUGAUAUGCAUUUUGUCAAAAUUAUGGCCCUUUUUGUACUUAGAAAAUUUGAGUUUCUUGGUUAAAAUUUUUGUUUAGGUCCACCUUUUCUCAAACAUUAUAAGAGCUACAGCUUUGGAACUGUGCACAUUUGUUUAUUAUCAUUAGAUGACUAUGUAGGUCAAUAACCAUAACUCUAAUAUGCAUUUUGUCAGAAUUAUGGCCCUUUUUGUACUUAGAAAUUCUGAACUAUAACUAUUUUCUUACAUACUGACGAGCACUUGCAGACAAGCAAUGACACCUGUAGGCAGUGCUCUUGUUUAAAAUAACAUUAUAUAAAUCCAAUGAAAAAACAUACUGUCAUGUCGAUUCAGUUUUGAUCUUUACCAUGAGAAGAAUUAGUUAUAGCUAUAAUUAACUGUUCUUUUUGAAAUUUUAGUGUCCAAUUUUGAAAAAGAAUUUUUCGAAUGAUGCCAUUUUGUUAAUGUUUUUCUGUAAAUGACAUCAGAUUGCGUGUGUAAUCUAGAGGAAAGGGCCAUCAUUGAUGUUGUUUAUACGAAAAUACACACUUUUUUCUUUCCAUAAAUAUAGUGAAUGUAGAUACGUGUUUAAUGAGACAAACAUGUUAUACUUGAGAAAAAAACACUGUAUGUUAAAAUUCAAAGGUUUUCUUUUUAGAUUUGAAAUCUGAAGUGAUAAUGAGAAUAUUUGCUCAGCAGCAAUUAUGAUUAUUUUUUUCAGAUUGAUACAUUUUUAAAUUGGUGCAUAUCAGCGAGCAUUUUUGGUGUUUUAGUUUAUUUAUCUUUUCAUUGAUUUUGCUUGCUGCCAAAUUUCAUUUUACACACAGGAGUAUUCAUAAUUUUAACAUGUCCAAAACAUUGCGGAAUGAUACUAAUUUAACUUGGGUGAUGAGUGCAUUUUACUCGGACUUUAUCAUAGACUCACUGUGUAAAAUCUCAAACUUUAAACUAAAAUCAAAGUAUUUAAUCUGUAUAUUAUUUCAAUGAAACUUUAAAGUUUGUAGUUUGGAGCAUCAUCUUAUUAAUAAUUUGAUUUCUGAAAUGAUAUGAUUUUCAUUUCUAAUUUCACUAUAUGUUCAUUGUAAAAAUACUUCAUUUUACCCAAGUGGAAACUGACAGGUACUUGAAAAUGCAGCUCUCUGAUUAGUCAGUUAGAACUCAUGAUGUCAUGAUAAAGUUAGAAUAGGUUAACUCCUUUGCUGUUAAUAAUAUGUAUGAAUCUUGUGUUGAUUCAUACGCAAUUAUCAAGAAAUAUAGUUCUAAAAAAAAAUUAUUUUUUUAUUAUUAUUUAUUUACCAUUUGUAGAAUAUGUUAUGCAAGAAGAAAAAUCUUUUCACAUGUUGUAGAUGCAGAUUGGAAUGUCUAAAUAUUACCGUUGAACUUGGCACUAUCCUCUGCAUCUACAACUGAAAGAUCCAUCUUAUAUGUAAAUAGUAUGUUAAUCAGAAUAAAUAGGCACUCCAGUGUAAUUUUUGUUAAAGUGUGAAUACAAAAUAUGUUUUUUACUUACCUACAUGUCAGAUUGAUUUCUUUGACUUAACAUUAUUUUUUCUUGGGUAUGUUUAUACUGUUUGAAUUGUCUGUGUCAUUUCACAUAACUUCAUUCAUCCUUCAUGUUUGUGUGUGUGACCAGUCAAUUAUUGUAUGUUGGGUUUGACAUGACGUUGUGUAUCUCAGAUUCCAUGUAUUUUGGGUAAAUGAUACUGAUGUACUUAUAAAUAAAAUACCAUGUCAACACAUCAUAAGUAAAUGGUCAACAAGAUUUUUAAUUGUUGGUGACUGCUGAUGUCAAAUAAUUCCCCCAACAUGGUGUAAUAGGCCUCAAUUUCACCAAAAGCGUACAUACAACCUGAUAAUGUAAGCUUUAAAAAUGUCAAACGAUAGAAAUAAGGUGCAUAUUGACAAGUUAUAUAGUGACAGAAGUUCUCAAAAAUUUCCUUUAGAUUACCUCCCCUGAUAAUUUUGGUUUUUCAUGAGUUAUCUCCCCUGAAAACUAGAAAAAAAUGAUUUUCUCCUUUUCCCUACGGGGAAUUUUAGAUUUCUUUUUGAUAUUUGUAUCAGAAUCAUAUAAUGCAGCUUUCUACCACAAAAUUUUCACAAAACUCAAGUUCAGAUUCUCAUACUCAAAGAAAUUAUAUAUUUCCCAUAGGCAUCAAUGUUAACUUCAAUACCGAUUAUCUCCCCAAAAAAUGAUAAAAUUUGAAAAAUCUCUCGGUGAAAAGCUUUUAAUUUUGAAUGUCUUUAAAGUGACCAAAUUUCAUUUAAAUAUUACCAUCCAGUUACAAGAUAUGAAAUAUGGCUAUUACACCAUGUUAUCCUUAAUUGGAAAGAAUUUAAACAAUUGACAAUUCCUUUGCAUUGUAUAAAAAGUUGGUAAAAUUACUAAAAUUGUUAUUUGCCAAAAUAUAAAGAAAGGUUUUUCAUCUUACUUUACUCAGCAUUAAUGCAUCAGAUCAUUUUUUCAGGAGUAUUCAGUAAUCAUACACUUUUUAUGCCCCCGAAGGGAGGCAUAUAGUUUUUGAACCGUCUGUCUGUCUGUCGGUCUGUCAGUCUGUCGGUCUGUCCAAAAUUUUCGUGUCCGGUCCAUAUCUUUGUCAUCGAUUGAUGGAUUUUCAAAUAACUUGGCAUGAAUGUGUACCACAGUAAGACGACGUGCAGUGCGCAAGACCCAGGUCCGUAGCUCAAAGGUCAAGGUCACACUUAGACGUUAAAGGAUAGUGCAUUUAUGGGCUUGUCCGGUCCAUAUCUUUGUCAUCGAUGGAUGGAUUUUCAAAUAACUUGGCUUGAAUGUGUACCACAGUAAGACGACGUGCAGUGCGCAAGACCCAGGUCCGUAGCUCAAAGGUCAAGGUCACACUUAGACGUUAAAGGAUAGUGCAUUGAUGGGCGUGUCCGGUCCAUAUCUUUGUCAUCGAUGGAUGGAUUUUCAAAUAACUUGGCAUGAAUGUGUACCACAGUAAGACGACGUGCAGUGCGCAAGACCCAGGUCCGUAGCUCAAAGGUCAAGGUCACACUUAGACGUUAAAGGAUAGUGCAUUGAUGGGCGUGUCCGGUCCAUAUCUUUGUCAUCGAUGGAUGGAUUUUCAAAUUACUUGGCAUGAAUGUGUACCACAAUAAGACGACGUGUCACACGCAAGACCCAGGUCCGUAGCUCAAAGGUCAAGGUCACACUUAGACGUUAAAGAUCAUUUUUCAUGAUAGUGCAUUGAUGGGCAUGUCCGGUCCAUAUCUUUGUCAUUCAUGCAUGGAUUUUAAAAUAAUUAUGCAUGAAUGUGUGACACAGUAAGACGAUGUGUCGCGCGCAAGACCCAUCUCUGUAGGUCAAAGGUCCUAAACUCUAACAUCGGCCAUAGCUAUUCAUUCAAAGUGCCAUCGGGGCAUGGGUCAUCCUACGGAGACAGCUCUUGUUUUCAUGAUUAAUUGAAGGUCAGGCGUUUUUUAUGCUGAUUAAUUGGAGAUACUGAUUCAUCAGUGAUCAGGCAUUCAUACAGUAUACUGAUUAAUCACCAUGAUCAUUCUGACUGACUUCCUACUUUAGUAAAAUAACAAUUCACUAUUUUGAGACAUUUGUUACACCUGUCGUUGUAAAUAGUGGCAAGUCAGACCUUUGGUUUGUAAGUUUUCAUGUAUUUGCCAAGAAUCUUUUGUGUAUUUGUCAGUUGUUUUAUAGAACAAGAGAUACUAAAUAGUGUGUAACUAAAAUGUAUUAUUGUAUUAAUUUUUGUAUUUGAUAAGUGUCAUACCUGUAUAGAUAAAUAACAAGUUACUUUAAUGUAUAAUAUUUUGUAUGUGUUUUUUUUUUAGCUCACCUGUCACGAAGUGACAAGGUGAGCUUUUGUGACCGCUUGAUUUCCGUCGUCCGUCGUGCGUAGUCUGUCGUCCAUCAACAAUUUCUAAAAAAAUCUUCUUCUUGAAAACCACUGGGCGGAAUUACACCAAACUUCACAGGAAUGAUCCUUGGGUGGCCCCCUUUCAAAAUUGUUCAAAGAAUUAAAUUCCAUGCAGAACUCUGGUUGCCAUGGCAACCGAAAGGAAAAACUUUAAAAAUCUUCUCAAAAACCAGAAGCCCUAGAGCUUAGAUAUUUAGUGUGAAGCAUUGCCUAGUGGACCUCUACCAAAUUUGUUCAAAUCAUGACCCCGGGGUCAAAAUUGAACCCGCCCCAGGGGUCACUUGAUUUUACAUAGGAAAAUCUUAAAAAAUCUUCUUCUCAAAAACCAGAAGCCCUAGAGCUUAGAUAUUCGACAUGUAGCAUUGCCUAGUGGACCUCUACUAAAGUUGUUCAAAAAUUGACCCCGCCCCCGGGGUCACUUGAUUUUACAUAGGAAAAUCUUCAAAAAUUUUCUAAAAAUAAACCAGAAGGCCUAGAGCUUAGAUAUUUCACAUGUAGCAUUGCCUAGUGGACCUCUACAAAAUUUGUUCAAAUCAUGACUCCUGGGAUCAAAAUUGACCUCGCCCCAUGGGUCACUUUAUUUUACAUAGGAAAAUCUUAAAUUUUUUUCUAAAAAUAAACCAGAAGGCCUAGAACUUUGAUAUUUCACAUGUAGCAUUGCCUAGUUGACCUCUACAAAAUUGACCCUGCCCCAUGGGGUUACUUGAUUGUACAUAGAAAAAUCUUCAAAAUUUUCUAAAAAUAAACCAGAAGGCCUAGAGCUUAGAUAUUUCACAUGUAGCAUUGCCUAGUUGACCUCUACAAAAUUUGUUCAAACCAUGACCCCUGGGGUCAAAAUUGACCCCACCCUAGGGGUCACUUGAUUUUACAUAGGAAAAUCUUCAAAAAAUUUUCUAAAAAUAAACCAGAAGACCUAGAGCUUAGAUAUUUCACAUGUAGCAUUGCCUAGUGGACCUCUACAAAUUUGUUUAAAUCAUGACACCUGGGGUCAAAAUUGACUCCGCCCCAGGGGUCACUUGAUUUUAUUUUUCUUUUUGGUUAAAUUUCUUCAACUUCUUGUCCUUAAGUGCAAUGAUAACAGGUGAGCGAUAUAGGGCCAUUAUGGCCCUCUUGUUUUGUAUACAGUACUAUUUACAUAGAUAGACUGUCAUUCCUUAAUGUGUGCCCACCCUCUUAGGUCAGUAAGGGGAGCACAGAUGUACAAAUCACAGAGUUGUGAGUUCCAUUCUGUUCCCCAUGAGGAUUUGAUAAAAGACAUUGUGUUUGAAAUCAUUUGUUUUACUCCAGAUUCUAGAUUCAUGCAGAGAAGUUGGCAAUUACUUGCGGAGAUCAGGUAAUGAAAUACUGGUGUAGAAUCAAGGAACACUGAUUAGGUCAGCUGACUGUUAAAAAUCAAGCUAAACCCAUAACAAACAAACAUUCCUUAACCUAAACCUCUUUUUAUUUUAUUGUGAAGUACUUAAUAUAUGUAUAUAUGUAUAAUUAUUCUCACAGUUGUGUAACAUUUUAAGUUUGCAUGACUUUGUUGGGUUUUUUUCUAUGUUGUAAAUUAUUUCUUGUAUUUUUCAUUUGAUUGUUAAGUAUAUGUUUCCUUGUUCAGUGAGUUCUAGAGAGAUUUGUACAGCUAUGCAGUCUAUUACUUCAAGCCAGUUUACUCAGAAUUAAUAAAUUUCUGGUUCAUGUUUCACAAGUCAUGAUUAUUAAAGGUCCAUAAUGCUUUAAAAUUUUAUUUUAAAAACAGAUGAAACAGCUUUCUAAGUAGAUGUUAUGCAUAUUUACAUGCUUAGAAAAAGUACUACUUUUAAUAUUGCACAUGAACUGUUAUAGUUAGAGCCAUAAAGGGAGGUAAUAAAAACAAUAGAAUCAAUAAAACUUUCUAGUAUAUUCAGCAAUAUUCAACCCUUUGACAAAAUAUUAAUGAAAGUUAUUAUCAGAAAUAGGAUUUAACAAGAAAUUGAUGUAUUUAAUGUUCGUAGCGGAAAAUAUGGCAGCCACAUUUUAAACAAAGGCACACAUUUAUUUUGAGUUUACAACAACAGAAAGAGGGCAGAAUCGCUUUCAUCAUCAGAACAAAUAUUUGUUUUCCCAGUAAAAACAUAUCAGAAUCCACUUAAGAACCUAAAAUAACCUAGCAUUAUUCUCGAGGAGUCACCUGAACUGUAUGAACAACAAUGGUGCAAAUAAAUUUAGCUACAUCAAGGUUGAAAGAUAAUUGUAUCACUGAAUAGACACAGUGGCUUACUAUGAUGCAUGUGCCUUUUUUUUGUUUCGUUAUUACACGUACACUUUCUAAGGAAUUUUUGCUGAGCUUUCCCGAUGUGCCUAUUUAUAUUAAAGCUGUUGAAAUUGCUAUGAUUAAAAUUUCAUGAAAAUUGUU